CGUAGUCGAAGAAACCAAAUCUCGUUCUGGCGCUGAAGCAAUUAAACAAGGUUCUUUUCUAUCCUACAUCCAAAAGAACCUUUGCUAUCUGCCGAUAUCUUCCAUGUCAUCGUACACGAAGCUUCACGGGACUACUCUUUCUCAUAUGGCAGUCAAUUGCAGUCGACACAGUCUGACGGCGCGCUAUGCUACGAGAUCUACUUCAGGGAAAACAGCCACCCUCGCGGUUGGCCUGAAGCGUUGUAGAACCUCGAGGGAACAUCGCAGUUCAGUACAUUUGCAUUCGUCAUCGAGAACGAUCAGCCUGGCGGCCUUGCUUCUGGCGGUCACCACGGUGGCGUUUAUGCCGGGGUCUGUUUGUGAUUGCGUUGUGGCUUUUCACCUUCCGCACCCGGUAUUGCAUCCUAAAGACGAGAUUGGCAACAGCCCCAGACCUUGGAAUGCCGGAACUAACAGCUGCUACAUGUUUUUGUCACGGCGUAGUAACCGACUCGUGAAGCUCCACUCGACUCGAUCGCCCCCACGCAAGGCGGCGUCGCCGCCUUCCGCCUCGUCGCGCAGGGUCGUCGUAGAAGCGAUCCAGCCCAUGAAACCCGAAUCCUCGGUGUCGCAGCAAAAACGAGACGCGGUCUUACGCGACGCCGAGUUUUCCUCCGCAAGCCGUUCAGUAGAUUCUGCUCUGGAGGGAAUUGAUGCACAAGUCCUCGAGCUCUUGUCGGAAGAUUUCUUGUACCCGUCCGUCGGCGAGGACGCCAAACCACCCCGGAGGAGACACGGGAGCAAGCCCUACGGAAGACCGGAGCUGGUUCCCGGGGCAAUGACCUGGGCCAGCAUGAAAAAGUACCAGCAAAAGCGGGACCUCCUAAACCACAUGGUCGAAAAAACAAACGAACCCAGAGCCGCAACCCUUAUCAAGCGGAAUCUCGAAUCGCGGCUCCACGUCUCGUCGAAAGAGGUCUCGCGCAAGGUCCAAUCGCGAAAGCAACGGAAGUUUGAGAGAGCGACAAGGGGUGCAUUCCGGAAGACAAAGAAAGACAAAUUGCCUGAUGAAAUAACAUCGACUCAAUCGACUACGGAGGAUUCUUCCCUGACGACUGCCACCAAGAAGAAAGCCACCCGCAAAAAUCGAGUCAAGAAAAACCUGCCGAAGGGACGCAAACCGAAAAAAAAAUCCAGCGACGAACUUUACUUUGAGCACGAUUCACAGGAUUUCAUAGGGAGUAGGGCGAGACCGGGAAGAAAACGACAACCCGGAGCCAACAACGCCGGAGACAACAACCUCGAGCUGAGAAAAUACUACGCCACGGAGCUAUUGACGCCGGAACAAGAAUACACAAUAGGAGAAAAGAUUCAGCUAAUGGUCCAGUGUGAGCAGGUCCAUGAAGGCCUUUGCAUUAAGGAAAUGCGGCUUCCCUCUAUCGCAGAGUGGGCCCAUGCCUGCGGAUACCAAGAGGGAAAUGCUCUGCAAGACCCACACGUCGGAGCCGCAGGUAACCAUAAACAAAGCAGCGAUCAUGUUGUGACCGAACUCGUUGAGAGGCAGAUACGUCCGGCGGGAUACGCGAACAUCUUCACAAAGAUCGAUCCGAACAUGUUUGUCGGCAAUGGAUUGGCCCAAAAUGUUGGUGUCGGAAGAGGCCGCGGAAGGGCGAAGAAGCCCCCGCCCUGUAGCAUCACGAAGAACGUGUACAAGUUAGACCGCAAAACGGGCAAAAAACUGGGGGGUUUAAGUGCGAAACCGGUAAACAGGGGAACCGUCGAAGACUUCUGUGAGAUGAUGAUUGGAGGCCGCCGGGCGAAGCAGCUCAUGAUCCAAUCCAACAUGCGGCUUGUCAUUUCGAUUGCCAAGAAGUAUUCCAAAGUAGGAGUCAGCCUACAGGAUUUGGUCCAGGAAGGAAGCCUGGGACUGUCUCGCGCCGCAGAAAAAUUUGAUCCCAGCAAGGGGUUCAAGUUUUCGACCUAUGCCUCGUGGUACGUUCGAGUCGAAAUAUUCGGUUGGGUAGAUUUUGAUCCAUUAUAUCCCUUUUUGUUUGUUUUUGUUGCGUUCACGUAAUCGUGCGCUAACUAGUUAAAUCGCUGUGUUUCAAAAACUUAAGGUGGAUUCAGCAAGCAGUUUUUCGAUCCAUUGCUUACCACUCGCGUACCAUUCGGCUUCCCGUUCACAUCCACAACAUGAUGAACAGGGUUCGAAAAGUACGAAGCAGUCUACAACAGGGCAUGGGAAGACCACCCACCGACGAAGAAAUGGCGGACGCUCUCGACAUGCCGCCCUCAAAGUACAAGCGCAUGAUAAAGCUCACAAAACGGUCGAUUUCACUCGAGACACCGCAGUACCAGCAAAAUCCCAAGGAUCACGGUCACGAGGGUGAUGACUCUAUAGGUGACAUGAUUUCCUCGCAGAACGAUUUCGACAACAACCUCGACAAUGAGAAUGUGUCUCCUGAAAAGAGCGUCGAUCGGUCGCUGUUCCACAAGGAUCUAGAUGAAAUGCUUGACAAUCUCAACGAGGGGGAACGAACAGUGAUCAAACUUCGCUACGGCCUGGAAGACGGACUGACAAGGACCGUUACGGCAACGGCAGCAAAGCUUAAGAAACCCCCCGCAUGGGUUCGGUCGCAAGAAUCGAAGGGCUUAAGGCGACUACGACGGCCCUGGUACGAAAAAAAACUAAUGGAGCACCAACAAUCCAUGAUGAAUUUAUAAAUAUUGUGCAAGGACCAACGAAAUAAAAUCCAGAAAGUGUU